UUCACACUCUUCAUAUAUCUUUUGCAAUAACUGAUCUUCUCUCAACUAUUGCUGGUCUUUGAAAUCUUUUUCCAUUCUUUUUCUCUUUAAGUUGCAGUCUAACCCCUUUUGUUAUCCAUAUAUCUUCCUUGUUCCUUCCACAAAGCCCUAAAUACACAACAUGAUUGUGAAAGUAGUCUUGAAAGUGGAUGUACAAGAUGGAAAAGCCAAGCAGAAGGCUAUGAAAUUAGUUUCCACCCUCCCAGGGAUAAAUUCCAUAAUGAUGGAUAUGAAUGAGAGGAAGAUGACAGUAAUCGGAGAAGUAGACCCAGUUGAAGUAAUUGAAAAGCUUAGAAAAUCCUGGUUUGCUGAGAUUCUCACAGUUGGACCUCCAGAAGAAAUUAAAAAAGAACCACCACCAUCACCAACGAAAGAAUGUAUUCCCUAUCCAUAUUACUAUCCAUAUUACUAUCCAAAUUAUAUCAUACUCGAAGAAAACCCAAAUCCUUGUGUUAUGUGUUAAUCAUAUUGUUAAUUUCCUAUAUAAAUAUACUUAUGAUCAUUGAUCAGUCUGUUUCACCAAACCCAUUUUGAUAACCAUUUUAUUUCUAAAUUUUCGUUUUCAAAAAAAUCUUUUUAGUUACGAUUUGUCGAAGAAAAAUACAUAUCUCACCUUCACCUUUUCAUAUUAUUUAUCGGAUAUCGAUGUAAUUUUUUUGUUUAUUUGUGUUAGUGUGUUUUACAUUGUGUACUUUAAAGGAUCUCUUUUUUUAUUGAUAUAAUAUAAUGAAUGAAUUGUCAA